CCGCGCCUAUAAAAAUGGAGCUCCGGAGCUCACCCACUCUCAUUCGUCAACGCUUCAAUAACCUCAGAGCUGAGCAGAAGAAGAAGAAGAAGAAGAAGAAGAAGCCGAAUAAACGCAGGCUAGAAGAUCCGAAUCAAUGGCCGUCAAAGUUUACAUUGUUUACUAUUCCAUGUAUGGACAUGUUGAGAAGCUGGCAGAAGAGAUAAAGAAGGGUGCUGCAUCUGUUGAAGGUGUUGAAGCCAUACUAUGGCAGGUCCCUGAAACACUGCCAGAGGAGGUGCUGGGGAAGAUGAGUGCGCCACCUAAGAGUGAUGUACCUGUCAUUACACCCAGCGAACUCGCUGAAGCUGACGGAUUCGUUUUCGGCUUCCCCACGAGAUUUGGGAUGAUGGCAGCUCAAUUCAAAGCAUUCCUAGAUGCCACCGGAGGAUUGUGGAGGACACAGCAACUCGCAGGCAAGCCUGCUGGAAUCUUCUUCAGCACAGGAUCCCAGGGCGGUGGGCAGGAGACUACUGCGUUGACUGCCAUUACUCAGCUCGUCCACCACGGCAUGAUAUUCGUUCCAAUAGGAUACACCUUCGGGGCUGGCAUGUUCGAGAUGGGGGAGGUGAAAGGUGGAAGCCCCUAUGGUGCUGGAACAUAUGCUGGCGAUGGCUCCAGGCAACCAUCGAAGCUCGAGCUGGAGCAAGCUUUCCACCAGGGAAAGUACACUGCUACCAUCACAAAGAAGCUCAAAGGAGUCCAUUGAUGUGACUUCCAUCAAAUUCGUCACUAUACCAUACUUCUUUGUUUUUCCCUUGUUUUCUUUUCCUGCAAUCUCAAACUAGAAGUCGAUUGUCCCGUCUUCUGCAUAUCUUCAGAUAAUAAUUCCUGCCCGAUUGCUUUCGGUAUAUGCUUUGUACGGCCGUGUUAUAGAUCAUAGCAGUGUUUUUAAUGAUUAAAGGUUAAAUUUGAUUGUUCGCCUUCUCUGAGAAA